CCUCGCUGCAAUAGCACGUACUUUUACAACAUUGUAGCAUUUUACACGCGAACAUUUAAAAAAAAAUCUUUAAGACAUUUUGGCUGCACAACAGAGUAGCCUUUGCCUCUUCGUGUUUCAAGAUGGAGGUCGAACAGAAUGUUGAACAGGCGGGAGUUUUCAAAAAGAGUUUUUCAGUGAAUUUAUUAAUAAGAACUGUAUUUCAUGGUAUUAAUUGUGUUUUGUUUUGUGUGGUUGGUGUUUGGGGUGUUGUUAUGUGUUUCACAAUAAAAGAAGAGAAAAUGACUGAUCCGUUGUUGAAAGAUUUGAAAUAUUUGGCGGCAUUUUUCUUGACCAACUGGAAUUUUGCAUUCCAGACGAUAUUCCUGAUGCUGUCGCUGGUACACGAUUUGCUGGAGUGGCUUGACAAGCAGGACAGCCAGCUUGCCUCGCGUCUACGCUACUGGAGAGACAUCGUCUUCUCAGGGCUCGUCUUGCCUUUUACUUUGUUCGUGUCAUCGAUGUUCUGGUGCGUGUACGCUGUAGACCGCGAGCUGGUGUUCCCGCGCGUGUACGACGACGUGGUCCCGUGGUGGUUCAACCACUGCGUGCACACCAACAUCUCCGUAGUUGUUCUCAUCGAGACGCUGCUGCAGCCCCGCAGGAGGCCGAGGAACUUUAAAAACGAGAUCCUAGCCGUCACUAUUGUUGAUGUCGCUUAUGCUAUUGUAUACUACGGGAUCUAUUUCUUCACCCACCGCUGGUUGUACAGAGUGUUCGGUGUGAUGACGUGGUGGCAGGUGUGUCUGUACCAGCUCCUCAUCUGGGGCUCCUCCUACAUCUUCUACUUCCUGCAGUUCCCCAUCAACAGACUGGUGCACGGAGACGUCGAGGAGACGGAGGUGGCGGGCCUCACGGAGCAGGUGAUGAACGCCAAAGAUCUUAAUGAAGGUAAAAUGGAGACAGAUUUAAAUGCAUCCAAUUUGUCCAAAAAUACUUGGAGUUUGAAAUACAGAACGAUUGGUAGUAAAAUGGAAAAUUCACAUUUGUAAUGUUUUAGGUUUUUAGCUAGAUUGUGAUUUGCUGGAGGAAGUUCCAAAUAUACAGAAAUAUCAACUUGUAUAAUUUGUAAUGUUAUGAAUGAAAAGCCAGUACUGUUACGCCAUUAUUUAAUAACAUUCCUAUUAUUUUUGAUAGUUUGAAAUAUUAGUUUGAAUUUUACAAUCAUUAAUAUAAUUCAAAAAUAAAAUAUUAUUAGUAAAAAAAAUAAUGCAAUUAAAAAUUCUCUUUGUCUUAAACUUGUUGACUUUGUUGACUUGUUCUUUUACGUGAUAAAAUAACAUAUUAAUAUGACUGUGAUAUAAAAUAGAACAAAAAUACCAUCAAUUUGAAAAUUAAACUCGAC